GGGGUCGCCCCGGGGGUCGCCGCGCCCUUCCCGCUGGGGAUGUCCGCGCCUCGCGGCCUCCGAGCAGCACGCGGCGCCCGCCGGCCGGGCCUCUGAGGGCCCCCGGGUCGGGGCGGAGGGCUGCGGGCCCGCGCCUCCGCAGCAGCGCGGCCGGCGCCGGGCCAGGAGGAUGCGCGGCGCCGGGCUCUGAAGCAUGGAGGGGGUUCUGUACAAGUGGACCAACUAUCUCACAGGUUGGCAGCCUCGAUGGUUUGUUCUAGAUAAUGGAAUCCUGUCCUACUAUGACUCACAGGAUGAUGUCUGCAAAGGGAGUAAAGGAAGUAUAAAGAUGGCGGUUUGUGAGAUUAAAGUCCACCCAGCGGACAACACAAGAAUGGAAUUGAUCAUUCCAGGAGAGCAGCAUUUCUAUAUGAAGGCAGUAAAUGCCGCCGAGAGACAGAGGUGGCUGGUCGCCCUGGGGAGCUCCAAAGCGUGUCUGACUGAUACUAGGGCUGCGAAAGAGAAAGAAAUAAGUGAGACCAGUGAAUCUCUGAAAACCAAAAUGUCUGAACUUCGCCUCUACUGUGACCUCCUAAUGCAGCAGGUUCAUACAAUCCAGGAAUUUGUUCACCACGACGAGAGUCAUUCAUCUCCCAGUGUAGAGAACAUGAAUGAAGCCUCUUCCUUGCUUAGUGCCACCUGUAAUACAUUCAUCACAACCCUGGAGGAAUGUGUGAAGAUAGCAAAUGCCAAGUUUAAACCUGAGAUGUUUCAACUGCCUCAUCCGGAUCCCUUGGUUUCUCCUGUGUCGCCUUCUCCUGUUCAGAUGAUGAAGCGUUCCGCCAGCCACCCUGGUUCCUGCAGUUCAGAGAGGAGCAGCUGCUCCAUCAAAGAAGCGGCCUCCUCCCUUCACCGACCUCAGCGACGCCACAGAACCUACUCGGACACAGACUCCUGUAAUGACGUGCCCCCUGAAGACCCAGAGAGCCCUCUUCACUGUUCAGGAAACACCCUUAAUGGAGAUUUGGCCUCAGCAACCAUUCCUGAAGAAGGCAGACUCAUGGCCACGCCACAGUCUGAAUCUGAAGAACCUCUUCCAUCCCUCUCUUGAGGAAACGGACACAUCCAGCCUCCUCUGAGUGUUGCUAUGCAAAAGCUGCUGUAUUAAACUCGUUCUGGGGUAGCUUCCCCUACUUAGGAUUUCUCUGCACUUUAUAGAAUAUUGUAAACAAACAACCCACAUACUUUUGAAGUGUAUUUUAUCUUUCUAUAGUUUACUUGCAAGAGUAUUUUCCUAAUGACUUCACAGUAUGAAUGUGCAUCUUUUCUUUCUUUUUUUUUCUUUUUUAAAACAAAUGAUGGUGUAACAUUUUGACAUCCAUAAGGACAAAUGUAGAUAUUUUUCUAAAAAACUGUGAGGGACUGACAGCUUGGUCAGUGUGUAUUGUAGUAUAUGAACAUGAAAUCUCGCCAGGUUUGUUUGACAGAAAUGUGAUAGAUGUAACUUGUGCCAUGGACCAAAAGGUCACAUCACCCCAGCUUCAAAUUAAUUACCAUAGCAGCUUGAUGGUGAUUGGAUCACAUUCCUUUAAGCAAAAAAGGAAACACUUAAUAUUCUAAAGGUCUUUAGCCCAAAUGCCAUGACAUAUUGAACAUUUUAAAAAGGAAUCAGACUCUACUGUACUUCAUAUGUGAAGUUGACACUACUGAUUUGUCAAUAUCAAACAUCAGGUUACAGUGUUUAAUUUUUAUUUAUUUAUUUUCUUACUGCAUCAGAAGAUGAUUAUGUCCUAACUUUUAUGAUCUCCCCAACUUAAAAUGUAUAUGCAUUGUUGUUAUUUACAUUGUUCUAAGCGAGGCAAAUGUCUCAGUGACCUUGUUCACUUACACCAGAGAAAUAAAUGGCUUUCAUUGGAAGAGGAUUUUAGUGCUUUUUUUUUUUUUUUUUAAAGUAGGCAUUAAGCUGCUGUUGUAAGAUUUGCUGUAUGAUUUGCAGCUCUUUGGCAUACCUAGAAACAUUUUUAAUUUAUAAAUAUUUAUACAAAAGAAGUAAUCCUGUCAAGAUGACUGUUCUAUAUCACUUGAGAAUGGCAUUAUUUAAUUAAAGGACAAUUUGCAUUU